AGGCUUGAGAAAGAAACUCGGUGGUCAACUCCUAGGCUGCGUUCCUCGAGGGCAUGAUGCCCUCUGAAGCCCUAAGACCCUCUGCGCACAGCCAAGGCUAGUGUGAGUGCGCGCGCGAAAAUACUCAAACCACACGAGAAAGAACAAGGGAAAACGGGGGCCUCCUUCCAGCUCUACACGCCUCUGGCUCAGCCGGCUGCGGUCAAAAAAGGGGAAGGACGGGAGCCCGAGCAAGAGAGGCCAGGCGGUGCCAGGCACUCUAAGGGCGGAAACCGAGGGGGGCGGGGCAACGUGGCCCCGCUCCUCCCGGGCCGGGGCGGGCCCGAGACCGCGACCCGCCUCUCCCGCGCCGACCUGGUCACGGCUCCGCGGGGUAGCCAUGCCGCGCCGCCUGCUGCGGGGCCUGUGGCAGCGAUGGCGCCGUUACAAGUACCGCUUCGUCCCCUGGAUCGCGUUGAACCUAAGCCACAACCCCAGGACCCUCCGAUAUGUUCCAGAGGAAUCUAAAGACAAAGUUAUCUCAGAUGAAGAUGUCCUAGGAACAUUACUGAAAGUUUUCCAGGCUCUAUUUUUAAAUGAUUUUGAUAAACAAUCAGAAAUCUUGACUCUGCUUCCAGAACCUGUUAAAUCAAAAUAUCAAGACCUUCUGGCACUUGAACAUCAAAGGGUGAAACUGCUUGAAAACAGACAUCAACAGCAAAAUAUCUUAAAACCAGAAGAAAUUCUUUAUAAGACAUUGGGUUUUAGCGUUGCUCGAGCAACUAGCUCUUUGAUUUCUGCUGGAAAAGGUGUCUUCGUUACUAAAGGAUUGGUACCAAAAGGCGCGGUUGUAUCUAUGUAUCCUGGUACAGUAUAUCAGAAGUAUGAGCCAAUCUUUUUCCAGUCCAUUGGAAAUCCAUUUAUUUUUAGAUGCCUGGAUGGGGUACUCAUUGAUGGAAAUGACAAAGGAAUAUCAAAAGUUGUGUACAGAUCUUGCAAUGGGAGGGAUCGACUUGGCCCUUUAAAAAUGAGUGAUAGUACAUGGCUAACAUCAGAAAUUCAUAAUCCCCUGGCUGUAGGACAGUAUGUCAACAAUUGUUCAAAUGACAGAGCAGCUAAUGUCUGUUAUCAGGAAUUUGAUGUGCCUGCCAUUUUCCCUAUAGAACUGAAGCAGUAUCUUCCAAACAUUGCCUACAGCUAUGACAAACAAAGCCCGCUUCGAUGUGUUGUUCUUGUUGCACUUAGGGACAUCAACCAAGGAGAAGAGUUUUUUUCAAACUACUACACAAUUGUCAGCUAACUCUGAAUUAGAAAUUAGGUUUUCUACUCAGUUAUCUCAAUGUUUUUUGUUAAUCAGUUCUCUGAGUUCCACCUGUAGAACAAAUAUUUUGAGACCUAAUUGGAAUAGGAAUUUUUUGUUUUUGUUGAUAUUAUGUUCCAAUUUCAUGAUAAAAGCUAUUUGCUUCAUUACAAUUUCAAAUUUGUAAUGCAAUUCAAAUUUUAAUUGGGCUUCACCUAAAUACACAAUAGCUUAUUAAAUUAAAACCUACUACCUGAACUUAUAA